UAUCGGCGAACGAUCAGUAGGAUCGAGUCAGCGUUAUCAAGCCAAGACGUGAGGUUUCUGUAUCCGCCCUAGUCGUUCCCAGAUGCCAGGUUCCAGAUUCCGGGGCCCCAGGAUCUAUUAUCAGUGGAGCUGAUAGCGUUGAUAAUGGCUGUUCACUGUAUCCUGUCUUUCGCAGCUUGGGUCGAGACCUCUCCUCUAUAAGAUCGUCGAACCCCACAAUGAACUGAGCAUUAUCCCAUCCCGAACAUUCUUGUUUUAUUGUUUGACUGUUUGUGAAAACUUGGUUCCCCUUCUUCCUUCAUCGUAUCAAGCUUGAUACCAUGACUGCCUCGCUUGAGAAAGCAGAUGGUGACGAGAACAUCUCAACCACUGUCGCUGAUCAUGCCGUCGUCACCAUGCAACAAACCCGUAGAGGCUUGUCACCUCGCCAUGUUCAGCUCAUGACCAUUGCCGGCGGUAUCGGUGUUGGUCUUUUCGUCGGCGUCGGCGGUGUCCUAUCCAAAACUGGGCCAUUACCUCUUAUCAUCGGAUACCUGAUCUACGGUCUCGGCUUCAUUUGGCCCACCACCCUCAACGUCGCAGAGAUGGUAGCAUGGCUUCCAAUCCGCGGCUCGAUUUACGAACUGGCCUCCCGAUUUGUCGACCCAGCUCUUGGGUUUGCCAUGGGAUGGACAUACUUCUAUGCAGGAGCCAUGUUGGUCUGUACCGAAUACUCUGCCGUCGCAACAGUUAUGCAGUACUGGAACACCGACAUCAACCCCGCUGUCUGGAUUGCCAUAGCUUUGUCCGUAUGCUACUUCUUGAACAUGGUUGCUGUCAGAUGGUAUGGCGAAGCCGAGUUUAUCAUGGGCUCCACCAAGAUUUUGUUGAUUCUCGGUCUAAUCAUGGCGACCUUUGUCACCAUGGUCGGUGGCAACCCACACCACGAUUCUUACGGCUUUCGAAACUGGAAGAAUGGAGACAUGGCCCAUGCAUACUACGCCGAGGGUGCUACGGGUAUCUUUCUGAGCAUCUGCAUCUCUGUGCGAUACGCCGUCUUUACCAUUGGUGGCCCGGAUAUCAUCUCCCUCUCUGCCGGCGAGAUCCGCAACCCACGCAAAACGAUUCCCAAGGUUACCAAGUUGAUCGUGGGUCGAAUUCUGUUCUUUUACGUUGUCGGAAUUCUCGCUGUUGGCAUCAUCUGCAACUCGCGCGACCCUCGCCUUCUGGGAGCAAUCGAAACCGGUGAGGCUGGCGCAGCAGCAUCUCCUUGGGUCCUGGGUCUUCUCCGCCUCGACAUCAGAGGAUUCCUCCCUGGGCUUAUCAACUUCCUCAUUUUGCUUUCUGGCUGGUCCUGCGGAAACGCGUAUUUGUACUCCUCCAGCCGAACUCUAUACUCGCUAGCUCAAGACGGACAAGCACCCAAGAUCUUCUUGAGAUGCACCAAGUCUGGUGUACCAUGGGUAUGUGUCACAGCAGUGACUGCCAUAUCUCUUCUAUCAUUUCUGGUAGCCUCCAACAGUGCGAGCGAGGUCUUCUCCUGGUUCUUGGAUCUUACUACUGUAGCACUGGUUGUUAACUUCACGGCCAUGACAUGGGUGUUCAUCGGAUGGCGUCGGGCCCUCAAAGCUCAGGGCAUCACUCGCCAAGGCGAAAACAACUUCAAGAAAUCGUUCUUCAGAAGAGACACAGAUAAGCAACCUGUACCAGGUAUCGUGUUCCCUUUCACUGCACCUUGCACAUCAUGGACGCCGUACCUAUGUCUCUUCAUUGGAGGCUCAACAUCACUCUUCGUUGGAUUCGACAUCUUCCAACCCUGGUCCCUGAAGGGGUUUAUUACUAGUUAUUUUGGUCUUGCUUGGUUCAUCUUUAUGUUUAUCUUCUGGAAGAUCUUCAAGCGAACCAAGUUUGUUACUCCUGCCACUGUCGAUAUCUUUGCCGAUGGCAAGAAACAGGCAGUUGAUGAGGAAUGUCGCUUCUGGGAGGAGGGAUUUGGUGAUGAAUUUGAGAGGGAUACAUUAGCCAAGAAACACAUUGUUGUUAGAACCUGGGCUCGAUUCUGGGGUGGCUAAUUGGCUUUGCAGUUCGGUAUCACGGGCAACCCAGCAGAUGCAGGAUUUGGGCACUUCAAGUUGUUAUCAUUUGCUUAGGUGUAUUGACACUGCAUCCCUACCUAGUAUAAGUCAGACCAAUUUUAUGAUUCGUCAUUCACUUCGGAUGAUUGCGCGGAAUCACUUAGCUUUUAAAAGACCCAGUUACCAAUUUAGCUCAG